GGAAGAGCACGCAAAUGACGUUUUAGAACGCACCUCUAGAGUCAAGCUGAGCUUCAUAAACACGCGACACGGCGACGGGGCGGUAGCGGCUCCCAGGAUUUUCAUCUUUUUACGUAGAAUGGAGGAGAUCGACAAUAUAAUAAUACAUUCGUUGCGACAAAUAGGCUGUGACAUCGAAGAGAGUGUGACAAACUUAAGUGGCUUUAAUACUGAAUUAGUUGUGGAAGCGACAGUGAGAUGCUUAGAAGCGAUAAGGCCUGGUCUAGGAUUGUCGACUGUGCUACCUGUGAACAUGGCAGCACGUUUUCGACUAGGUGCUACUCUAGCGCAAACAUGUACGGAACUAGGAUACCGAGGUGACAUCGGCUACCAAACAUUCCUAUACAACUCAGAAGCCGACUUGCGGAAGGUAUUCAUGUUCCUCAUCGAAAAACUGCCAAAGGAAAGCGAGAAAACUGUAAACGAAUCCAUAAGUAAGACUGCUCUGUUGGAGAAAUCAGUUGCAUCCGCGAUAUCGCAAGGACUUUCGAUACCGUGGUUGCCGCAUUAUUGUCACAAAAAAGGAUUCAGGAAUAGAGGAAGAGCUAGUACACCUUACAUGUCUGUAAAUAUCGAAGUGCCGAAUAUGGAGAUAGCAAAUGUGGAGGAUGAUUAUAAAGACUACUAUAUGCGCUAUUUACAACCAGUGCCUGAUCAAAUGCAAAAUAUUGCGUGCUUUUUACCUUCCAUAAUAUCAUAUAACGCGAGAUCGCUUAAUGCCUCCUCUAUGGAUAUUACGGAGCGCAUAAAUUGGCUCAACAAUCAACAAUCUGAGAAAACUGCUUAUCCCAGUGCACAUAACAUUGUUAAUGAGCUUAGCAAGUUUUCAUCAAACGAUAAGAUGCAAAGCUUGACAGAUUCUCAGGUAAAACCAGAGUCUGCAACACAUUCAGUGCUUCCACGACAAGAAACGUUGAAAAAUGAUGCAAAACAAGAGGUUGAGAUAGAGAGCAUGAAAGUGGAGUGCGAGAGUCUUAGAAUAAAUAUAGAUGAAUUACAAAACGAAGUUAAGAAAUUAACUACUAGAUUAUCACAGGCGACUGUAACCAGUCAGAAUGAGGAAAAAGAAUUGAGAAUUAGCGAGGAACAAAAAAAGAUCAAAGCAAGAACGUACGAACUGCUGCAGGACGGCCCGGAGAAUACAAAGAAAUUGGAGUCCAUAAUAGAGGCUAGCACAAACAAAUUAAUCAGUUUAGCGAAUCAGUGGGAGAAGCACAGAGUACCUCUGAUCAUGAAGUACAGACAGGAGAGAGAGAAGCAUUCUACAAAAGCUAACGCGAGCCAAAAGAAACUGGACGAGAUAAAACUGCUCAAAGAGAAAGAGAAGGAGCUCCAGGAGGAAUGCCGAAAUAAAGAUCAGCAGUAUUCGCAGCUGGUCGCUGAGGUUCAGAAGCUUCCGAGAGAAGUGAACAGAUCUGCAUAUACUCAACGAAUUUUAGAGAUAAUAAAUAACGUCAGAAAACAACGCGAUGAAAUAAGCAAAGUCCUAGCCGAUACUCGAGAGAUCCAAAAGGAGAUUAAUACACUUACCGGCAGAUUAGAGAGAUCUUUCACCGUUGUCGACGAACUGAUAUUCAGAGACGCGAGAACGAACGAGGCGUCAAGGAAGGCGUACAAAUUGUUGGCAACACUACACUCGGACUGCAGCGAACUCGUGAGUCUAGUCGAGGAAACGGGUGCGACGAUACGAGAGAUUAGAGAUUUGGAGGAACAGAUCGAUACCGAGUCCGCCAAGAACGUGGGCGCUAAUCUAGAGAGGAUAACAGCCGAUUUGAAGCAGAUGAAGCAAGAAACCGCGGCGUUGACGGCACAACUUCAAAGCAAAGCCUCGUGAUCCUUAUGUAUUGUGUGGCGUCGUUUUGCGAAUUUCAAUGUUCAGGACCAGAUUGGAAUCUAGUACAGGAUAUAAACGAAUACAACAUACGAUCGAAUGCAUCGAAGACCAAACUUUUUUUAGCUACACAACCGGCAUGGUAACAUAACGCAAUAUCGCCCAGGAGGAUAUCUUCACGAGUCUACUCUAAGUUGAUUGCUAAAGGAAAAAAGAAAUUACAAAAAUAAAAGAACAAAAACGUGCCUUGGCCUGGAGUCGGCAGGCAUUACAGGCUUUCCACAGCCUCGGGCCAAGUGUAUAAUAAAGACAUAUUGUUAACAUCCAUCGCUCAAAAAGAACAUUAUUUGUUACGAAGCCUAAUAAUUUUUGUAGCGACGAGUUCGCCUUUCGUACUUCUCGAGACUCCGAGAAGAUCCGAUACGGCUAUAAGGAAAAUAAAAUGUUGAAAGAUCGACGCGUCGUUCGUGAGUGAAAAAAAAUAUAGAGUAUGUAAGAAAUAUCGAUAGAAUGAAUUUUCCAAUAUUUUAUAUGCAUACUCCUCACGUAUAGGCUAUUUUUAUAAAAUAAGAGGUAUAACACGUAUAUUGCAAUAUUAGAACACAAUGAAGUAACAGUUCUGUUCGUGA